UUUCAAGCCAAAAAUGCGAAGUUUUAUAUGGAUUUUAUCAUUUUUACAAGUUUGCCUUGCCGGGCGUCUUCAAAUCAUUUUGCCAAACGACCACAUACUUGAUUCGAGAAAUUCGUCUUUCGAUUCAGUUUCAUUAUUAAAUUUCAACAAGAAUGCUUUUGGACUUGGUGCUGCAGUUGGAGCUCAUCAGGCGAUCGGCGAUGAAAAAUUGUUCCAAAAACCGAAGGCGUUGUUGAUAAUCGUUAUUGACGGACUGGAAAACUUUGAUUAUGACGGACAUGCUUUCAAUUUUACGGAUAAAUUCCAGCCAAAUCAAAUUCAAGAACAUUUCAAACAACAGUUUGGUGAUGAUAUGAUUCACGCCGAAGUAAACUCCUCUGGAAUAUUUGGAUCAUCGUUGUUUAAAAGAAAUACUGAGGGAAACCAUGCUAAUUACGAUACUUAUAAGGAGGAUCUUCAAAAUAUGUAUCGACUUUCGGAUGCAAUCAUGGAGAAAGAUCGAAAAAAUGCCAAUGUUGUUGACUACUACCGUGUUCACCUUGACGUCUCCAAUGCGCGAACAGAUAUGGAAAGAAAACAAUUGGCAGAAAAUAUCAAGCGAGGUAUUGAUACAUUACAAGAUGCUAUCAAGAACAGUUAUGGCGGGAAUGUGGUGGCUGAAAUCUAUACUCACGAGAAGCCUGAUAGAGAUGAGAAGGCUAGAAUUAAGCUGUUACAAAAAGUAUUGCAAGUGACUCAAGCUAGAUAUAUCGAUUAUCCGGCAAGUGCGGCCAUUAUGAUGUUUGUGGGAUUCUCCCUUGUCUUCGCGGCAGUUGCGAUGUUGUGGUUGAUGUUUGAUGAAAGUGAUAUGGCCAAGAAAACGAUCCUGGUUCGACUAUCGAUGGGUAGACAGAAGAAAGAUUAGAAUUAGAUUUAUAAAUGAUUGUAAAAACUGUAUUUUCAUAAUUUAUUUCGCUUUACGGCUUUACGGUUCUUUUUUUUGCAUUUUUGACUAAUCGCUUUCCGGUAUUUGUUGCCAUGUCAUAAAGACUUCAGCUUU